AUGGGGUGUUUUCUAAAAGCGUCGUUUAAAAAUAUUGAAGAUAUCAACUUAAAGACCACAAAGAUAAAAGGAAAUCAGAAGUUCACAAAUAAUUUCUCUUCGACUCACACGCAUAGCAUUGACGAGGUGAAUCGGGCGGAAGUUCCACAAGGUGUUGUUAAUUUCAGCAUCAGAUCGAAUCGCUCUCCCAAGUCCCAACCUCACAACCACUCCUCCCGCCGCCGUUCAUUGCUGCACUGCCGUCGCAACCAUUCAUCGCUGCAGAUGCUGCUAAAUUGCUACUGGAUUACUUUCCUUUUGUCACUUUCUUGUUUCUUGGGUGUUCUUCAUGCAAGCGUUGGUGAUGCUGACCCUUCAUACAGAUCAUGCCUAAUAGAAUGUGAGAAAAUUGGAUGUGUUGGAGACACAUGCUUUCCACACUGCAACUUCUCAUCUAAUGCCACCUCUCAGUAUCUACAAUGGAAACAAUGGGAUUGUCAAAGUGAUUGUAGAUAUCAUUGUAUGCUAAAAAAGGAGCAAGAAAGAGCAUCAUUAGGUCAAAAACCAGUCAAGUAUCAUGGAAAAUGGCCUUUCAAAAGGGUAUUCGGAAUUCAGGAGCCUGCUUCUGUUGCAUUUUCUGCUCUCAAUUUAGCAAUGCAUUUUCAUGGGUGGCUUUCUUUCUUCAUUCUUUUGCAUUACAAGCUUCCUAUGAAAUUAGAUAGAAAGCCUUACUAUGAUUAUGCUGGUUUAUGGCAUCUAUAUGGGCUUCUAGCAUUGAAUUCAUGGUUUUGGAGUGUUGUUUUUCAUAGUAGAGAAGUGGAAUUGACAGAAAAACUAGACUACUUUUCAGCAAUUGCAUUACUUGGAUACUCCCUCAUUAUUUCCAUAUUAAGAAGCUUCAAUGUAAGGCUUGAAGCUGCAAGAGUCAUGGUUUCAGCCCCUUUACUUGCAUUUAUCACCACCCACAUUUUAUACCUCAACAACUACAAACUCGACUAUGGGUGGAACAUGAAAGUGUGUGUUACAAUGGGAGUAGCACAACUACUAAUAUGGGCAAUAUGGGGUGGAAUAACUCAUCAUCCAUCGCGUAUAAAACUAUGGUUUGUGAUAGUUUCGGGUGCAUUUGCAAUGCUUUUAGAAAUAUAUGAUUUUCCUCCAUAUGAAGGAUUUAUUGAUGCACAUGCGGUUUGGCAUGCAACUACAAUCCCACUUACUUACAUGUGGUGGAGUUUUAUAAAAGAUGAUGCUCAGUUUCAAACGUCUCUUCUACUUAACAAGAUGUAUGUGGUGCCAGAUGUUUCUACUUUUUCACAUAAACACUCUUGUUGA